AUAUCAUUAGCAUGUGAUUAGCGCCGAGCUAGAAGCUGCAGAGUGAAGCAGGUGCCGAACAUGGCGAGUCAUCCCGGAGCUGCUCUCCGCUUCCUUCUUCUGCUAACUGGACUCCAUGCUGGAUUGCUGCAGCAAGGGAGAAGUUCCAGUCUUCACAGUUCCUACGAAAACUUUGAUUUGUUCUCUGAGCCACUUCAGAUUUCUGGGGAGCAUCAGAACCUUGUAACUGAAGAUGUUACUGUGGUGGAAGGAGAAGUUGCAAUCAUCAGCUGCCGGGUAAAGAAUAAUGAUGACUCGGUCAUCCAGCUGCUCAACCCUAACAGACAAACCAUCUACUUCCGGGAUGUCAGACCCCUGAAGGACAGCCGAUUUCAGUUGGUGAACUUCUCCAGUAACGAGCUGCGAGUUUCGCUCUCUAAUGUUACUCUGGAAGAUGAGGGCCGUUAUCUCUGCCAGCUUUACACUGACCCUCCUCAGGAGGCUUUUACAACAAUUACAGUGCUUGUUCCUCCACACAAUCUGGUAAUUGAUGUGCAGAAGGACACAUACGUGGAAGGGGAUGAGGUGGAGAUGAACUGUACAGCAUUGGCCAGCAAACCAGCAGCAACUAUACGCUGGUUCAAGGGAAACAAAGAGCUUACAGCUGUUAAGACCGAUGUGGAGCCCAUGGAAGAGAGGAUGUUCCGAGUGCGAAGUCAACUUAUGCUUACAGCAAAACGAGAGGAUGAUGGCAUCCCCAUUGUGUGUCUUGUUGACCAUCCAGCUGUGAAAGACCUACAGACCCAGCAGUACCUUGAGGUUCAAUAUGCACCACUGGUGAGUGUGUCUGUGAAAUACCCACAAGGCCUGACCAGAGAAGGAGAAACAUUAGAGCUCAUCUGUAGCGCCACAGGCAAACCCAGCCCAGAGCAUGUUUUGUGGCAGCGAGUAGAGGAGGAUCUUCCUGAACACGUCCUCAUCUUAGGUGACAACUUGCUCUUUGGCAACCUUAACAAAACAGACAAUGGCACUUACCGGUGCAAGGCCUCCAACAGUGUGGGCAGUGCUUCAGCAGAUUACACUCUGUUUGUGUACGAUCACCCUACCACCCUCCCUCCACCCACAACAACCACAACCACUACAACCACCACCCCUUUCAUCAUCCCAGACGCAAGUGCAACGACAGAGCCUGCAGUUCACGACACCCGAGCAGGUGAUGAGACACCCCUGGUAGUUGAUCAUGCAGUGAUCGGUGGCGUUGUGGCUGUUGUCGUCUUUGCUAUGCUUUGCCUUCUUAUAAUCUUAGGACGCUACUUUGCUCGACAUAAAGGAACAUAUUUUACCCAUGAAGCCAAAGGAGCAGACGAUGCAGCAGAUGCCGAUACAGCAAUCAUAAAUGCAGAGGGAGGUCAGAACAGCUGUGAAGAGAAGAAAGAGUAUUUUAUCUAGCUUGGCCUUGUUAAUGGGUGUGAGCUCCAUUCAGACUCACCGCUCGAGAGGAGAAGGACCUUCCAGCGUCUCGCGUUUUUUUAUCAUUUUGGUUUUGGAGCGGAUGGAGGAGCAGGGGACCCAUCUGGUUUCAAGUGAAUGCCCCACAACACUGUCUGCUUUUAUUGUUUGCCACUUUUCCUUUCACGGGAUAAACAAGAGCUUGAAUUGUUUGUUUUUAUUUUGCGGAUGUGGGUGGGGGGUGCAAGAAAAAUAUGAAUUACAAGCUCCUCAGUGUUGGGGGACACUGCGUCUGUGUGCAGAGCCCGCUGUACCUGUGUGUAGAGUGGUUUGCUGCAGACUCCUCCUCCACUGAUGAUGCAUAUUAUCAUCUGCAGACAAUUUGGUGCCUUGCUUGAUUAUUAUUUUUUUCCCCACUUUCCUGAGAAGUUUUGCUUCCGGCUAAUUUUCAUGCCACUCCCUGCCAGGGUCAGUCCUCUAGCCAGCCUUGUGCUCAUUUUUGUCUGGGCUUCUGUCUUUCUCAUAUGAUCUCACUUCUGUCUAAGGGAAACUCUUCUUUCUGUCCUGGUGUAACAUUCUGAUGGGGUCACAAGUCAUUAAAUCUCAUGCCAUUUUCUGGGGCCACUGUUGUUUGUCCAUGUCAUAUUUUUCUUCUGUUCCUGCUGUUCUGUGUGUCAUUUGCUGUUGGGAGUACAACUUGGCUUUCUUCCCAUAAUUGUCACCUCUCAUUGGAAUCACUUCUCUCUAUACUCAUAGCACAUCCUACUUAGAAUGUUUUCUCUUUAUCGCCUCUCUUCUUCCUGUGAUGAGGGCAUAUGUAUGUUUCUGCUGUCUAUCCAUAUUAUGUAAAUUCCUUUAGGUUGACUUUUUGGGUCUUCUAAAGCUGAUGUAUUUGUCUAUGUUUCUGGCAUUCCUAGCUUAUAUUUAUAUAUUUCUCGUGGCUCUACCGCCUACUUUCGUCACUUUCCUUAUUUGCCAGUCAUCUUUUUUUUUUUUUUGCCAGUCCCCUUAUGGAUGUUAGGCCUGUAAUAAAGAGAAGAUGUUCUGUUCUUCUCUGGGAAGUGAAUAAUCUAUCACUUUCUUGGUGAAGUGAAGAGAUCUGAGAUAAGAGACUUCUGAAAAUGGUUGCUUCACAAGCGUGAGGAAGCUCCCACACCUCUCCCACCACUGCCUUGGAUAGUCGGUGGGAAUACAAGUGGACGUGCCUUUUUAUUCACUAACAAACGAGCUGGAGGAAGAGGAGGGAAGGACAUGGGAACAGUUUUGCUCUGAUAAUUUUAAAACAACACUAUCAGCUUUUACCGACUGCCUCUCUCUCUCCCGCUACCACCUAUUUAUCCCUCUCUCAAUCCCUUUUUUUCUUUCACCCUCUCUCUGUUCAUUGUCUUGGUACAGGGUGCUGAUGCUGUAGCUUUUCCUACAAUAGAGCAUCAUUUCUUCUAAAUGUUUGUUUCCAGUGCCCUCUGUUUCAUAAUCGCUGCAUUAAAGGUGCAGUUCCACUUAAUGUUAAAGCCUUUAGUCCUCCAUUUGAGCCCCUACUAAACGCAGUCUGUAUUAUAUAUUCCGUAAUAAUAUUGUGUUGUCUGGAGGGUUCAGUCCAACUUUGUUAUGCUGUAAAAAAAAAAAAAAAGAGAGAAAUGUCAUUGCUGCUAUAGAAGGUGUUAGCAGGGUAAGUGUGUUGCUUAUUGUUGCGCCCAUUGUAUAUUGCUGAGUAGAACUGCACCUGUACUCUGUCUUAAAGAUCUAAAAUGAAGGGGGUUAUUUAAAGAUGGCCACCAAGUUUAUUUAGUAUUUUUGUUGCUUACAUGUAAAUGAAAACAGCAGAAAGUUUGUUAUAUGGGUGAGUGACCAAAGUCUUAGGUAGCAUUAUGCAGAUGUAUUUUUUAAAGGCCUGUGUGUGCCGGCAAUUAUCAGAGUACACGCAACUCUGUCGUUUUAUCCUCCCCAUCCAUACCAUAAUCUUGUAUGGUAGCCUUGAAGAAAUAUUGUGAUGCUGAAUGCAGCUUUCAUUAAGAGGAUUGCCUUCAUCUGUAAACUGGGAUACCAAGCACAUAACUCUGUAGUACUGUAUAAAUGUUGAUAGAAGGAAACCUAAAGUAUUGCCAGGACACACAGGAAUCUCACCGUUUUCAUUUGCGGAUCUCAGAGACCCUGAUGAUUACAUGUUAAACCAUUUAUCUAUGUGCAUAUAUAUAGAGAGUAAAGACAUAUAUUUAUAUAGAACCUUGACCACAUACGUCACUACCUUUAGCAACCAUCUUCUGGAGAUCAGAAUAAUAUCAGACAGUCCCUCCCUGCAAUUCUCCGUUAUUGUGAUUAUCUGAAUCAUGGUCUCUGCAAUGGAAUUUUUCUUAUAGGUGACCAACUGUUUUUAAUCUUACAACCCAGCCAGCCUGCUACACAGUUUAUAAGGCAAUGCACUGCUGAUUUUAUCUGAUCAUUUAUCAGAUUUCAAAGAUUGGUUUGUAAUGUGCUUUAGCAGAGAGAUCUAUUUUUCUUAUUUUCAGUAAGAAAGUAAAGAGCAAUGUGGGGAUAAAGCAAGGGGGAAUGUAUAUAAAAGCCUACAGUGAUUUCUAUAGGCCUCCUUGGUGUUCUUCCAUCAAUCUAGUAUAGAGGAAGUAGAGAUUGUCCAAGAAGUCCGAGUUGUUCAAAUGAGAAAUAUUUCCUUGAUUAACUUGUUUUUUUUUCUGUGAAAACACUGAUGUUUUUCCUGCCAUGUUUGCUUCAGCAAACUGUUUAAUGACCCUAAAGAAAUAAUAUAUUUUAAUGGUCUAUGUUGUGGGCAGUAACAUGGACUUAUUUUUGAAGUCAUCAUUUGCAGACCAUUGUUAUUAACGCAUGAUAAUUUUGGGGUUUUUUUUUUUUAAAAAAAAAAAAAAAAAAACUUUUUUGGGGGGUAAUGGGAAUGUUCUAAAUGCCACUUUGUUUCUUCUGCAUAGAGUGUUUUGUUUGAAUAUACCUGGACGCCUCCUCCUCUGUGACUCCAUUUCUGGCCCCAUCCUUCCUCCGCUCCCAUAUCAUGAUAUCACAAGAAUUACUCUUGCAUCCACGAUGCUUCAAAAUCAGCCUUUUUGUAGAUUUCUUAUUGCUAAGCCUUAAAGUGCUUUAACCAGCAGGCCAUCUUUAAUGCACCCAAAGGUCAUUGAUAGAAUGAGGUGAUGUGAUAUUUAAGAUGGGAGUGAGGGGAAGGAUAUCGAAUUCCCCAUACAGGUCAGUUUAGGGUGGAUUGUUAAGUCUAUUUGGAACUAGAUAUUUUAUCCUGUGUAUGCUCUUGUGUUACACCUCUUGGUGGCUCCUGUUUUGUUUAUUGUGAACGCCUGUUCUUGCUUCUGCUUGUCUCAGGUCCCUGUGUUCCCACCCUUGUCUGUUCUGUCUCAGGUAGGCUGCUAAACUUUAGCCCCCACAUUGGAAACUGAAACAAAAACAACCACACUAUGGAUAGAUAAUGAUUUUAUUUUUUCUCCUUAUUUUUUUUCUUUGGUCAUUUUAAUUUUUUUAAUAUUUUUUGUAAUUUUUUUUUUGCUUUUAGUUGUAUUAUUUCUGUAUUUUUUUUAAUAUACGGUACACUGUUCGAAAUGUAUUGUUGAGUAUUACUUUGUAAGAAAAUGAAAAUAAAAUAUAAAAUUAUUUAA